UAUUAUGAAUUCGUGAACCCGAACAUCGUCGCCUUCCCUAUCUCCAACACUCUCCUGAGUCUCAGCGUUCAUUGCCCCUCGGACGCCGUACCUCCGACGUCACCUCUGACGCUGCCCUCGCACUUUCUCCAACACCAUGGACACGCAGCAGCAGCAGGACCGUCCGCCCGCGUACACCCCGCCGGGCUCAGAGUCGCUCGUUCUACCCUCCUUGCCCACGCUUGGGCUCGGUUCACACCGCCGACAGCAGCAGCAUGACCGCCUGCCCUCAAUCAAGGCCCUAGACCUUCCUGCCGCUUCCCCCGCGCCCUCCUCGCAGUCCCAGUAUAGUCCCUCGUCGGUCGAGUUGAGCCCGAGGAGUCGGGUUGGCAAUGGCCAAUGGAGUGGUCUGCCGCCGCUGGAUGGGAAUAGGAAUGGGUUUGGAAAGAGGCUGGAUGGAGGACUCCGCCGCGCCGCGUCCAACGAGAUGGAAUUGGAGAGUCCGGCGGAUACGGGGAGUGUGGUGAGUGCGCAGAGCGAGUAUGGAGAGAGGAGAGAGGUGAGUUCUCUGGCCCUGGAGGAUCCGGAUGUGAGGUUGGCGGCCGAGGCUUUGUCGGGACUGUGCAAUCCAGACUUUGCUCGCUCACCCUCGCAGUCCGUGACUCUACCUCCUCGCUCACCACCCGUCCCACCCGAGCCUGAACCCCUACUCUCUCUCAUUACUUCCCACCACCCCUGGCUCGCCGGAACCAUCCAUGGUUCGAUAUCGGCCUACAAUGCUACCAAAGGCUACACCCCGCGCUUCGUCCAACGAGGCGCCGAGUUUAUCGAGCGCAAUAUCGGCGCCCCAGUCGUCUACACCGUGUCUUCCGUCGGACGGCGCACCGGCGUGGAAAGGAAUAUUAGAAGUUAUCUCGGCGAGCACAGGAGGCCUAGCGACCAUGAACAAGCCGACUCGGAGACCGCCCGUAAAAGGCAGCGCGUUAUGAGCCCGGCCAAAGAUACCAUGGAUUUGGACCAAGCGAACCCAGCGCCACGGACGGGAACCAGUUCCCGGUCAUCGUUCGCCGAGUCGCUGCCUGCCUACGACAAUCACCGAUCGCCCAACUACGAAGAGAGUGUUGCGACGCUCGUUGAUCCGGCGACCGGCAGAGACACAACGAAUUGUCAACCGGCUGCAUCUCAAGACAGAAGCGUCAACUGGCCUACACAGUUGAUCAUGACGACAUCGGGACUGGGUGUCGCGCUCUCAGAUGGCUCGCUCCGCUCAUUGAAAGCCUGCCUGGGCUAUCUCCGAGGCGCAACCAACCACAUCGACUCCGUGAUGCAUGCCCUCAAACUCCUCCUGGAAGAAUACGAAUCCGCAGUGCGAAACCAACAACAGCAACGACAAAACAACGAAACCGGCGAAGCCGACACCGAACCGGGAGCCACGGGCUCUGCCAGAACCACCCCCACUCUGUCUGACCACGCCACUGACCCCACGGCAAAGGAAGACGAGAUACGCCAGAUCGCGGACCGCAUGAAAUCCGCCUCGAUGGACAUCUGGAGCACCCUGCGAAACGUCACGCGCAGCGUCUCCCAUUAUACAGGUGGCACCCUGCCACAAAACGCAAGCCAAGUCGUGCGGCUGCAACUGCUCAGCGUGCCCCAGCGAUGGCGGUCGGCCGGUUCGAGGGCCGCGGCGGCGGCGGCAGCGGAAGGGGAUGGGGCAAGAGGAGACGAGGCGAGGGGCGCGCAGAGGAUGUUGGCGUUUGCGAAGGAGGGGCUCGAUAUGAUGGGGCAGAUUACGAGGGUGGUGGAUGGGACAGUGACGAGUGCGGAGACAUGGUUGACGAAGAUUGGGCGGCGGCCGAGUGACGAGGGGGAGGCGGAGGGGAGCGGGAGUGGCAGCCGUGGUGGUCAAGGGGAGCAGAGGGUUGGGAUGGGGGAGAAGCACGAGUUUUUGGGGGCUGGAGAGGAGAGGAGGUAGGGGAAACGUUCGGAUGGAUAAGGCGUAUAAGAAUUCACCUGGGAGUGAGGGUUUCCAAGAGUAUCCAUGGCCAUGUCUGCCUUUUUUGCCUUCUUUUUUCUUUUCUCUUUAUCAAAAUUCAUCACUUAUACCAUUCUUCUCGGUAGAGUCUUAUUCCACUUCAAACA